AUUUCACCUACAAGAUCUUUAGAGGACAGGACAGAUUUAAUUACUCUAUAGGUAACGUCUCAACUGUUAUAUCCAUCCACUACUAUAUAAAACACUACUGGCAUUGUACGUUAGCCAGCUUGCGGGUAAAUUAACCGCCUUUCUUUCAGGUUUCUUCUCUCUUAUCAUAAAUAGUUAUACCACUUCCUGUUUUCAUUAAUUUUCACUCUUUCUUCCUCGUGGAUACAAGUCUCUGAUACAUUUAGCAGGUUGCGGUGCUGUGGGUUAAUAAUUAUUCUUCAAAUUUUAGUUGGGUUUUGUGGAGAUACCUGAAACCCAGAAAUGGAUGAUGGUGAUGAGUAUGCAAAGCUCAUCAGGAGAAUGAACUCUCCUAGGUGUUCUAUUUCUCUCUCAAUUGUACAUUAUUAGUAAUUACUGGUUUUUCUUUAUCUCCCUUCCUUUCACGGACACAAAUUUUUUCUUUUGAGAAGUCACAAGAGAUCUUAAUAGGCCUUUUUAAUGUUUCCUUUUACGUUUCUGUUUCUCUUCUGCUUUUUUUUCUUUGUCAUUUUUAUAGCUUGCUGGCAUUUUGAAGGUUUUGCAUUCUGUCUUAAGAAGACAUUCAUCUUUGAACUUCGAUUACAUCUUGUUUCAGUUGUUUAUCAUUAUCGAUUCUUGUUCUGUUUUAGUUGAUGAAAUGAUACCUUCUCGUUUUUACCCAGCUCCUUUCAUUGAAGCUAAAGUGUUUUAGUAAUUUGCUCAACAGUCUACCUUUACUAAUUGUUUCUAUGAUUGGUGAUGUCAAGGCGCUGUGUCCUAUUAGCACAAACUAGUUGUGAUUGACAAUGAUGCUAGUGAGCACGCCACAGUUAUAAAGGUGGAUACUGUCAAUAGGCAUGGUACUCUCCUUGAAGUUGUUCAAGUCCUCACAGACCUAAACCUUGUGAUAACAAAAGCUUACAUAUCCCGUGAUGGAGUGUGGUUCAUGGAUGUGUUUUACGUGACUGGUAAUGAUGGGAACAAAGCUGAAGAUGAAAGGGUUCUGAAUUACAUACAGAAGGCGCUUGAAAUUGAUGCAUCCGUGGUUAAUUCAAUAAGGAGUUCUAUUGGAGAGUAUACCUCAAUUGAACUAUCUGGCACAGAUAGGCCUGGUUUGCUGUCAGAUGUAUCUGCAGUACUGACUGAUCUGGGAUGUAACGUGGUAAAUGCUGAGAUUUGGACACACAAUGCUAGAGCAGCAGCUGUAAUGCACAUUACAGAACAGUCAACUGGGAGUGCUAUCGAAGACCCUAAGCGGCUCUCUCUGAUAAAGGAACUGCUUUCUAAUGUCCUAAGAGCAAACGGGAAUUUUAGGAGCGCAAUAAUAUGCAUUUCGUCUCCCGAGGAAACGCACACAGGGAGAAGAUUGCACCAGAUGAUGUUUGCAGCUAGGGACUUUGAAAAGCUUGAGAGUGUAAAUGAAAACAGCACAGGACCCUAUGUUAAUGUGUCCGAUUGCGCUGACAGAGAUUACACAGUUGUUACAGUAAGGUGCAUAGACCGGCCAAAGCUAUUGUUUGACACUGUAUUCGCUCUAACAGACAUGCAGUAUGAGGUGUUCCAUGGAACAGUCAUUACUGGUAGAAAGGAAGCUUAUCAGGAGUAUUAUAUCAGGCAUGUGGAUGGACUGCCCAUAAGUUCAGAAGCUGAACGACAACGGGUUACAGAGUGUCUUGAGGCAGCAAUUGAGAGGCGAUCAUCAGAGGGACUAGAACUAGAGAUGUGCACAGAUGACCGCUUUGGACUCCUUUCGGAUAUCACGAGGAUACUUCGCGAAAACGGCUUGAGCAUUAGAAGAGCCGAAAUUUCGACGAAGGAUGGAAAAGCAAAAGAUAGUUUCUUUGUCACAGAUGUGUCAGGGGACCCUGUUGACCCCAAAAUUGUCCUUUUGAUUCAGCAACAAAUCGGAAAAACUGUUUUACAUGUGAGAGGGAAAUCAAAUGUGCUACCGGAAUCUCCCAAGGAGACGCCUAGAAGUUUCCUUUUUGGGACCCUUUUCAGAUGUCGAAGUUUCCAAAAUUUUGGACUCAUUAAAUCUUACUCAUAGUUUGCUACUAUCACACGAUACUAAUUACGAUGAAAAGGGAAAGAAGCACAACAGAAAAGACACUUCAUACUCUCAUCUCAAAGAUUUGAUUGUAUUUUGAAAUUACUUGGAAGGUUCUCGUCAUUUCAAUUGGCCUCUUACACAGUUCAUGAAGACAUUGAAUUUGGGUUGUACAGAAACAAGAGAGAUUGUACAGAAACUUAUCUCUCAAAGAAAAGGAAAAGAAAAAUAUGUUUUUUAAGGUCAAUUAGAAUCAGUCUGCUCAAUAUGUUUAUGGUAUAUUCACUGAAGAGAUUUCUGUACCUUAUCUACCA